AGAGGAGAUCAGACUGCCUCCUCGUCGAGAGGGUGGUGAGCGUUGAUGGUGUUGGAAGCCCAAACCGAGCAUGCCGGACUGGAUAAAAACCGUCAUUCGGGAGCCUAUAGCUGUUCAUCCAGGCCACACAUCAUCUCGAACACAUAGCCUGUCAGCUGGAAGACAGCCUCACGGUAUUCUCAACUAGAUAUUUUGCUUGGUUCCCCUUAACAGAACUAGCGUUAUUAUAAAAUGACUGGGCACGCCGACACCGAAGAGGUCACCGACGAAGUGCGCGAAACUUUUACCCACCACAACAGAAUAUACCAGCGCUGUUCAGUGGACCGCAGGAUAUAUCUUGUGCCUGUUGAUGAGGAUGAGACUAUUCGCUUGCGCAUCCAGUACGACGUCUUAGCCAUGGUGUUCGACGGGAGAUCUAUCUUCCCACCCAUGGGUGCUCUAAGGCGAGUACUCGACUGUGGCUUCGGAACGGGAAUGUGGGCUUUCCAAGUGGCUUGGGAGAAUCCUAGGUGCGAGGUCAUUGGCAUCGACGUGAGCCCCCAUCAUUAUAACCCCGAGGAGAGUGUUGAGAACCUUUACCUUAAUGUCGACAACUUGAACAUGCCGCUUUCGUUUCCUUCCAAUCAUUUCGACCUCGUGAAUAGCAGACUUGUAGCCGGAGGCAUCGACCGUAACCGAUGGAACGAAUACAUGCGUGAUAUCCUCCGGUGUCUGCGCCGAGGUGGAUGGUGCCAAAUGGUUGAAAUCGAUUACAACGCACAGUCCGACAAUGGUACAUUGACAGACGGUCACGCACUUCGCCAAUGGUCAGACAAAUACAGCCGAGCAAUGUCGCAGCUCAAAAACGUCGAGGCGCCACGACGUCUUGCGCAUUGGAUGAGGCAAGCUGGCUUCACCGAUGUCGAGGAGCGAAUGAUCCCCUUACCCAUGUGCGGCUGGUCUGAUAUCCAGAGAGACUUUGAUAUUGGUGUUCACAACCAAGAAAACGUCCGAUUGCUGCUCGGGUCUUUAGCCUUGUACCCGUUCACGGAGCUACUAAACAUGACUAUUACGGAAUUCCACGUCUUGGUGGCACAGGCGAGAGCAGAAGCUACUAACCCUGCACUCAAGCCAUAUUUUCGGUUAUACGUAUGCGUGGGUAGAAAGCCGAGGCGCUGAGGUCGGCGGGAACUGGUUUGGCGGCUCUCCCGGAAGGAAACCUUGCCGCAGUGGAGGUGGAGAGGCAAGGUAUACGGCGGGUCAAAGCAGACGCAGGUUAGACUAAUCGGGUCAACACCGUAUCGCUUGCUCGGUCGUUCAUCCUGGGAGAAAGGGGGUGGGGGCUCGAUUGUGUAGAGAUGGGUUGUGU